CUUUCAGUUGACAAGUCGUAGGGGCCGGCCGUAGGGAGAAAUUAUUUAGAAUGAAUCAAGGAGGCGGCCUCGCUUGUUGCGCUGUUUGCAACGAGAUAUCUCAGCGGAGAUGUAGUCGCUGUCUCACCACUUAUUAUUGUAAUACUGACCACCAACGACAAGACUGGAAAAGACAUAAAAGUGAAUGUGCACCCAAGUUACCGAAGCAGGGUACGAAAAGUGAUAAUUCAGGUGAACGUACGAUAGUUGGUGAAGAAGCCACGAAGAAAGUGAAAGACGGAACUUCCAACGUCACGGAGGAGAGUCACCAGGAGUGUUCAAAGGAUAGUAGUAAUAAAAGACAUUCAAAAAAAAGUAAAGCGAAGUCAGUAAAAAAUAGUGGAAAAGAAGGUAGUACGAUAGGUGUUAGUAAACAUAGCGCACAAGUAUCAACUGAGAACGUUAAACAAAGUGAGCCAGGCACAUCGAAGGCCUCGGGGCACAAUGACAGUAGUGUGAUAUCUAGUGUAGUGUAUACAAACCGCGACUUGUCGACGAGUAGUGCCAUAACUUACGAGGGUUCCUCGGAGCAGGAGGUGUUGCGCGAGACUGCGCAGCUGCUGAGCACCGUGGACUUCUCAGCGCCAAGUACCUCUAAUGUACUACGGGCAGUGAACAGGACUGACACUGCCAACAUGCCCGUACUACCUAACUAUGGGGCAGAGCAGGGUACGAGGACGAAGGAGUACCCGGAGGCCUCACUGAAGGGUAGCGGGGCCCCGUUUAGUCACAUGCCCAAUAGUUACUACAUGGAUCCAAGUGACUCUUGUUACGAGAUCUGUCACAGAGUGAUCAGAGACAUGACUCAGUAUGGUGUUUGUGUUCUGAACAAUUUCCUUGGCCGGGAACGAGGACUUAUGGUGUUAAAUGAAGUGUUAGAAAUGUAUAGAUCAGGAAUAUUCACUGCUGGUCAACUAGUCAGGUCAAAUUCAGCGACAACAGAAGCGCAGACAAUCCGAAGUGACCUCAUCACGUGGAUAGACGGCAAGGAACCAAACUGCACCUAUAUCAGACAAUUAAUUAGUCAAGUUGACAAUAUCAUACUGAGAGCGAACAAAAUGGCCAACAAUGGAAAAAUGGGUGACUACGUGAUCAACGGGAGAACGAAGGCAAUGGUAGCAUGCUACCCCGGCUCGGGCAGCCAUUACGUGAAACAUGUGGACAACCCUAAUAAAGAUGGCCGCUGUAUUACCGCUAUAUACUAUCUGAAUCUCGACUGGGAUGUCAAACGAUGCGGAGGAUUGCUCAGGGUAUUCCCAGAGGGUACGAACCAAGUAGCCGACAUAGCUCCCAUCUUCGAUAGAAUGCUGUUCUUCUGGUCAGACAGACGGAACCCCCACGAGGUCCAGCCAGCAUACAGCACUAGAUAUGCCAUCACGUUAUGGUACUUUGAUGCACAUGAAAGAGAGGAGGCGCGAAGGAAUUUCAAAGAACGCGGUCAGCCGUCAUCAAGUAAGUGAUGCCGGCCCCCGUGCGGUCUGCGGCCUGCGCACGCGCACCCCCAGCCAAUGAGCGCAGACUGCCUAACUCCUAACACCGGUAUUCUAAAUUAUAUUAGAAGAUUAUUAAAUUAUGCGCUGCCGUUGUUGUUAUAGUGUUGACAGUCAUUGUUAUAUGUAGGAACAACUGUUUAAACCAUUAACUGCCGAAAGAAAACUGUUGAAGGCAAAUCUUCUGUGUUCCUGUGUUAAAUAAUAUUACACUAAUGUAGUUUUUUUAAUUGGACUUCUGAAACAGUGUUUUUAGUCUUUUUAAUGAUGACGUUUUUAGUAAUUUCAGAUUAUAACCUAAUAUUUUGCUGCUUAGCAAAAAUGAUUUCUAAUGCAAUGGUGAUUAGAUAUACUUUUGCAUGUUUCUGAUUUAGGAUUGCUAUGACUUCAUAGUUUGUUUAGGUUUUCUCAACUAUUUCUUCUAUUCGAUUAAUUAUUUCAUCAUACUUCUUUAUUAACUAGUUUUCUGAGUAUAAAACAAUUUAAACUCAAGUCGAUUCGAUUUUAUACCUUAUUCUCAAGAAUUUUAGAGUUACUUUGCAAUGUAAGUUAAUUUUAACCUCCAUUUAAAUGGUCGUGAAUUAUUAAAUUAAAAACACUGCUUCUAAAGUAUUUUUAACAUAGCAAUUAUUACUGAACUACUUUCGUUACUUUCGAUAUAAAAAUAAUACAUUCAAAAAUUGACCUUAUAUUUUAAAAUUAAUAUUAAUAGAAGAUGUUUAUUUCUCUCCCUUUCUUCUCUAUAGCGAAGAAAAGAGACAGAAAUAUCCACAAUUAUGAACUGUCUGACUAUAACAAUGACAACACGAUAUGACUGCCUCACUUAGGCUUAAAUAAAUGUUUAUAUUAAAAAAUAUAAUUAUAGAAUUGUGUGACGAGUGAAUCUAUAUUAAUCCAAGCAGUCAAGCGCGUACGCUGCAUGUCAAUGGUGACACUCGAAAAAGUACCUUAAAUCCUAAGCUAUAAGGUUUAAAGUUCCGCAACAAUUAACUAUUUACAUUGGAUGUCUAUGGUGAUACUUGAAAAAUUACCUUAAAUCCUAUGUUAUAGGGUUCAAAAUUGAACACCAGUUGUCACCACUGCUAGUUUAUACUAGAUGUCAGUGGUGACACUUCAAAAUACGACCUUAAAUCCUAUGUAACAAGGCUAAAAGUUGCAAAACAGUGUCACCACUGCCGUACAGUAAAAAUAAAUAUAAUUUUAUAUAUUUAAAUGUUUAAUUUUCACGUCAUGAGACACAAGAGUCAUAAAUAUUAGAUAGAUUAUAUAAAUGCUAUAGAUAGAUGUAGAUAAAUUCAAUAUUUUAUUAUUAUUGUAUGGUUAUGUUUUUCCAUGCCCCUAAAGUAUUAAUUUUGUUGAAAUAUUUUUUAUUUUGACGUGUCUUUGAGCUGCCUUCUUACUAUAAAAACUCUUUUUUACAAACUCCAUACAUACACUAUGUAUGUAUUGUUUGCAUGAAAUAUAUAACAACUAUUUAUUAAUAGUUCUGGGGUAAAGUUAAACCAAAAUGAGCCUUAUAUCUAUAGUAAUAAAGUAGCUAAAGACACAUUGUCAUAAUUACGUUUAGUUUGUCUAUAUUUUGCAGAGUUAUUCAAUGUUUGAGCUAGUUCGCUGAUGUUUGGUCUUCUCUUUACGUUAAAAAAUGGUCUUUUAGACUGAAUAAAAUCUUUCUGGAGUUAGGUAUUACCCUUUGUACAAUAUGUUUCUUAAUCUUAUUUGUUUUUGAACAUGUUGAAUCUUUCAUUUAUCAUCGUUUAACAUAGUUGUCAAACAAAUCAAUUAAAUUCAUUUACUUUUUCUCUCAUAACUUUUGUUUAUAAUUAUAUCUAUCUGUCUAUCACAUUAUUAUAUUAAGAAAAGUGCCUUAAAGUCCACGUUUACACCUUAAAUCCGAAAGUUCAAGCUUGGCUGAUAGAUAGAUAAUGCAAAAUUAUCCUUCAUCCGUUAUAAUGUACCUACAGACAAAUCAAACUACUCCUUUCUGUCAAAUGUCUUUAUUCAAUUCUCAACUUUAUGCUUUUAAUAUAAAGUUGAAAAUGGAAAAAUAUGACAGAUUGCAGAAGGCUGGAUAUUGUACCUAUGUAAAAAUUGUGUAUUUGUUUCUAUAUUUCUUUCUCUUUUACUCAAACGUCAGUGAACAGUGAGAAUGGCAAAGACUGAAUACUGAAUUCGACACGUGUAUAUGAGAUUUCCUACAAAUGUUCGACUGUUGAACUAUUUUUGACCUUAAACACUUAACUUAAGGUUCAAAAUCAACGUCAAUCAGUCGACCGGACAUUUUAUUUAUUUGCCUUUAUUGCAAAUGUUAUUUAUAUUGAUUAAUUAAUUUACUGGUUGAAUUAUAGUUUACUCAGUAAAUUAUUUAUAUUAUUUUUUAAUAUACUCGGUUUUCUGUUCUACUGUUUAAAACUCGGAAUGUUACCUUGUCAAACGAUCGCACUGAAAUAUAAUUAUGGAGUAAUUUUAAAUGUUGCGGGUCUGUGUCACCUCUGCUAAUCAAGUUUCUGUUAGCUCAACUGACAUAAUUAUUACAUAUAGAAGAUGAGUCAAUUAUCCACCAGUUAAGAGUAAUCGAACCUUAAUCAGUAGGCUUAGUACGAGAUUGUUUUUCUUUUAACGAGAGCGCGUUCGGAGCUCUGAUUGGUUGGUUCUUUUGAGCCGGUCAAUACGAGCGCCGAAUGCGCUCUCACUUCAACUUCUUUAAACGUAAAGCAAACUUGUACUAAGUGUACUGUAUUGGUGAACCAGGUCCUCAGUUACACAGCGAUUUCCACCGAGUUAUAAAGGUUAUAAAGCUAAAAUAUUAAGUUUUUAUUUAGGUAUGUGUUGUCACAAAACACCUUUCAUGAUCAUGUGACGUUUAAAAUACCUCUCACCGACAUUUUUGUAAGAAAUUGAUGUAAAUAAAAAAAAAUAUUUAAGAAAAAAUUGAAAUAAGGUUCGGGUUGAUAUGGACAGACGUUGAUUGACACAUGUAAUGUAUGUCUUUAGUUUGUUAAACAAAACAUUUCAUUUAUAUCAGCUUGUAAGACUCAGUUGACCUAAAUCAUCAGAGGCGCCAUCUAGGCACAGCAAAAUUAUGUCUGUCAAACUGAACUGUCAUCGCUCCAAACAAUGUCUAUUCAUUUCAACCGUAUUAUGCAUACUUAAUUUUAAUUUUAUAAAGAAAUGUUGUGUGUAUAGUAUUGAAUUUUAUACAAAAUUAGUAUAAUUAUUUUGUUUUUCCCUUUGUAACUUAAGUUUUAAUUAUGUGUAUAAAUAAUCAAUAUUAUGUAAGCUGUGUGAUUUAAUUUUAUUAGUCGAUUAUCAUUUUGUAUAUGCUGUAUCGUUUAUGACAUUGUUGUCCUACAAAUGUUUGUUAUAAUGUAGACCAAAUUGACUUGUGUUAAGUCAUAAAUUAUUUUGUGGACAGAGCCUGGUAUUAAAUUUUACAUUGGAAUUA